CUUCUACCCCUUCACCCCUCCACCCCUGAUGCCUGUACUAUGUAGCUUUGUCAGACUUUCCCCUCCUUCAAACUCAUUCGAGCCGUAUUUGCCUGUUUAAGUUACACAGCGCAUACUUCAUAACCAAAUCUCUUUUCUUUGAAUUUUUAUUUUUGUAUCGCAUCGCUAUCGUGCUUCUAUAUCAUAUGCACAGCUUCGAAGUGGCAGCCUUGUCUAGAUACACUUUUAGAACUGUCCCUUUAUUUAUCUUAUCAAGAAUAUAACGUUGAUCCCUCCCCCCCCCACGACCCAUCAGCCUCAAGUUUGCUUAUUAUCCAUCGCUGAAAUUUCGCUCUCGUCAGCUUUGACAAGCUCACAUCAUUAAGAGUCGGCUUGCGUUCUUUGAUAUAAACAAGUCCUUUGGUAGUAGUUGGAUAUUAUACUUUUGUAUUCAAAGACUCAUCCGUUUCCAAUUGGUAUCCGUCGCUCUUUGUGUAUCUCGCUAGCUUCGAGUCGCAUCACGACCCAACCAACUAAUUUCUACCCGAAAUCGCAAAUCUACGACCUGCAUCAUUCGAAAGUAGCCAUACCAAAGACUAAACACCACUAAAUACCACAAUGUCAGACCUACAGGGACGUAAGGUCUUCAAGGUUUUUAACCAAGACUUCAUUGUUGAUGAACGAUACACCGUCACCAAGGAGCUAGGACAGGGAGCCUACGGUAUUGUCUGCGCUGCUGUUAACAACCAGACAAACGAGGGCGUCGCCAUCAAGAAAGUCACAAAUGUCUUCAGCAAAAAGAUCCUGGCCAAGCGCGCUUUGCGCGAAAUCAAACUCCUACAACACUUCCGAGGCCAUCGAAAUAUCACCUGCCUUUACGAUAUGGACAUUCCUCGACCCGAGAACUUUAACGAGACCUAUUUAUACGAAGAGGUGAUGGAGUGUGAUUUGGCUGCCAUCAUCCGAUCAGGCCAGCCCCUUACCGACGCCCACUUCCAAUCCUUCAUCUACCAGAUCCUCUGCGGCUUGAAGUACAUUCACUCGGCCAACGUUCUACAUCGUGAUCUAAAGCCAGGCAACCUACUCGUCAAUGCCGACUGUGAAUUGAAGAUUUGCGAUUUCGGCUUGGCUCGUGGCUUCUCCGUGGACCCUGAGGAGAAUGCUGGAUAUAUGACUGAGUAUGUUGCUACACGAUGGUAUCGUGCGCCCGAAAUCAUGUUGAGUUUCCAGAGUUAUACCAAAGCUAUUGACGUCUGGUCUGUGGGAUGUAUUCUGGCUGAACUUCUGGGAGGACGACCAUUCUUCAAGGGUCGCGACUAUGUUGACCAGCUAAACCAAAUUCUCCACAUACUUGGAACCCCUAACGAAGAGACACUCUCCCGUAUCGGCUCUUCUCGCGCUCAAGAAUACGUUCGAAACUUACCAUUCAUGCCUAAGAAGCCCUUCCCUGCCCUAUUCCCUAACGCAAACCCGGACGCUUUGGACUUACUCGAUCGCAUGCUGGCUUUCGACCCCUCUUCGCGUAUCAGCGUCGAGCAGGCGCUAGAGCACCCCUACUUACACAUCUGGCAUGAUGCAUCUGACGAGCCUGACUGUCCAUCCACUUUCAAUUUCGACUUCGAAGUCAUCGAUGACGUUGGUCAGAUGCGGGAGAUGAUCAAAGACGAAGUAUUCCGCUUCCGGCAAUUAGUACGCACGGUACCCGGAAGUAUCGGCGGAGGGGCCGGACCGCAGGCGGGGGCGGGUCAGGUACCAUUACCAAGUGGUGGAGGUACACAAUGGAGAGCCGAGGACCCACGCCCUCAGGAAUACAUGAAUCAAAUAGGAUUGGAGGGUGAGCUGCAGGGUGGAUUGGAUGCCAGCAGGAGAUAGAAUCUCUACUUCCAACACCCCCGAAUGGUUUGGAGCGCCAUAGAUAAGGAAACGAGCGUAACGUUCAGAAAACCUCAAAAUUUCGCCCGACGAUUUAGUCGCU